AUGUCAGGCUCCUAUUUUCCUGAUUUCGAUCAUUCUACUCGUCCUUCUCUCCACUUGACGAAAGCAGGCGCCCAUCCGCCACUGUUUAUUCCACCCAACAGCCCGUCCGCGACAACUUCACUAGCAAGAUCGCAUUCCUUGACUCAUCAGGCUCCCUCAAGUGUCAAUUCUCUGAAGAGGAAACGGGUAUGCCGCAAUCAUUACGCAGAAUCUGCUUCGACGUCUCAACACAACACACCAUGGGAGAAGACCGAAAGCCCGAGCGCACAAUCAAUUGUCACAUAUACUCCUGUCGCGGAGAGCCCUGCAGCACUUGUGAAUACUGGAUAUCAUAUAGCCGGCGGUUUGGACACUCCAUUGGCAGCAAAACUCGAUGCAGAAGAGAAGCAAGAUGAAAUAAUGAGGGAACUAGACUACAGACCGAACCGUAUAACACUCACGGCGAGACAGAAGUCAGGAAGCUACUUUCCUCGAACACCGGCCACAGCGGCAAGUGUUGGAUAUAUUAGGCACGAGCGAGCACGCUCAACUGAUCAGAGCGGAUGGGGUAGAGCAGUGGUAAAUCUGGUUGGCGGCGUUGCAGGGAAGGUAUUGAAUUUUUGUUGGAAUGGCGCUUUUCGAGGAUUUCAAGCCGGAGGAGGUCAUGCGUACCGGAUGAACGGUGACACGCCAGCAAAUAUCGAACAAAGCAAUUGGACGGACAUUGGCGAAAAGGACGACGUUUUCACCAAGCAGUAUCAAGAACAGCACUACCAUAGCUUAGCGCCAGUUCCUGGACAAUUUCCAGAGGAAGGAUUUAUUGAUGACUAUAUGUCUCAACCACAAGCAUACCGGGGGGAUCAGCUUUCAACACCAGGUCCAGAAGGGGAUAGAGGGUGGAGCAUCCUCAGAGGCAAUUGGGUUCUUGUUGAUAACACUGAUGGAAACGAUGAAUCAGAUCGCAGUCCAGUUCCUACGGCAUCCAAAAAUCCACGAACGGGUUACGACCUGAGACGACCGGCAUCUAGAGCCUUAUUUACCGCACCUGGAAAUAGACCUCGACUUGUGCCGUCUCGACCUUCGUUGGCGGGUUCACCAGGCUGUAAUAUCAAACGCCCCGCAUCCUUCGCCUCACCUCGUGCAUCACCUGGCAGAUCGUGUGCCAGUCGCACAGACUCUCAUAUGGCCAGCUCACCAGGGCACCGCCGCUCCAGGUCCUCCAUGGCAUCAUCUCCACGACGAGCAACAGAGGUUGGAUCAAGGCACAGCUUCACUACUCCUAGUAGUCCAGACGUUGACAAAUUUGAAAAGAAGAUAAGACGGAAGGAGAGGAAAGAGGAUGAAAGUAUACAACGACUGAACAAGCAGCUGCAAGACAUGAUCAGGGAGGGCAAAGAGGCGCUGGGAACGACGAUCGAGAUUGAAGACGACUCAGACAAUGGAUGA